AUGGCAUCCGCAACAGUCAGCCUCGUCGAUUCUCAAGCCCUACCACUGGAGAAAACACCCGCAAUCGGGAUAUACGAGUCCGAGCCUGAGCCUGUCUCUAUACCAACCUCUGACCCAGAAACUGCGCCUACACCAUCCCUCUCGGACAGCAACCUCCUCAUAACAUCCCCCUACACAACCCCCGACCACCUCCUCGACCUCACAACGCUAGACACGCCAAAUCGCCUCUUCGCUCAAGCCCUAACAGCCCUCACCCCAAUCCGCAACGACUACGCCACGGCCCCUUACACAGAAUCCUUCAACUGGGCCGCCGUCUUUGAGAAGCUGCACGCGCUCGCAGCCGCAGAGGACUACGCCUGGAAACGAGAGCGCUUCUACGUCGUUGCAUUCCGCUCCAUCCUCAACGCUGACGCGGAUGGGGAUCGGCUGCAUUUGCUUGAUGAGCGCUCGCAUGCCGAGGCGGUGGCCAGCGGCGGGUUGCUGAAGUAUUGGUUUGGGAGUAAGAAUGCGCGGAGGGAGAAUUUGGCUACUUGUGUAUGGCGGAGUCGAGAAGACGCAAGAGCAGGUGGGACAGGGCCCUGGCAUGCAAAGGCGCGCGGGGCAGCAAAGGAAAUGUAUGAGCGCAUUGAGUUCACGACGUUGGAGCUCGUGAUCGGGGAGGAAGUCGGGGACUGGGAGUUUAGCGCAUGGAAAGACUGA